AUGCCACAAAGAAGAAAGAAGGUUCAUAAGUCAAAAAGAAAAGGAGGAGAGACUGGUGGAAUUCAUAAGAGACUUAGUAUGAAACAUAAAACCAAAGACUUUGACCAAAUUGUUUCUGCUAUUAAAAAUGGAGAAAUGAACGUCAAUGGAGAGAUGGCUAAGGCAAUGCCUAUUGAUGAAGAUAAACCAGGAUUUGGACAAUUUUAUUGUGGUGUAUGUGAUAAACAUUUUAUUUCACAAGCAGUUUAUUUAAAACAUUGCACACAAGGACCACAUAAGUCAAAAGUUAAAAGGGUACAAAAAGAAAAGCCAUGGACUGUUGAAGAUGCAAAAGGAAGAAUUGAUAAUGGACCAAAGCUUGGAAGAAAACCAUGGGAUAACGAUUUAAACUUACCUGUAAAUCAAAACCAAGCAAAUCAAUGA